AUGAAAGCCAGUAAGAAACGGUUUCGAAUAGGAGCGCAAUCUGACCCUGUUGAAUUCAUCUCAUGGCUGCUUAAUACACUGCACGCACAUCUUACAAAUUCAAAGAAAGAUAGCAGCAUCAUCUAUGAGUGCUUUCAGGGGAAACUGGAGGUUGUGAAGGAGAUUCCUAAGAAAGAAAAUGGUGAUGAUCAGAAUACAAAUGCUGCCACUGAAAACAACGGCAUUCUCAAGGAAACUUACAAAAUGCCUUUCUUAAUGCUUGGGUUGGAUUUGCCCCCACCACCUCUUUCCAAAGAUGUGAUGGAGAAAAACAUAAUACCCCAGGUCCGGCUGUCCAACAUUUUGAAGAAAUUUGAUGGGGAGACUGACUGA